GCCGUGAUGCUAAUGGUGGGGAUGCGCCACCUCUUGAAGGACUGCGCUAAGGGGAGAGUCCUUCAGACGAGACCUGCUCCUGCGACUGCUUCUCCUGCUGCCGCUCAGGUGCAGCCACGACGUUCGGCUAGGACGCGUCCACGGGGUACCACGAGCCCUCCCGUUCCUGCCAGCACACGAGGUCGGGGUGCAGGACGUGCACCACGGGCUGCUGCAGGUGCGGGACGGUUCAAGGUUUUACCUCGGGAGGCGUCUCAGCGGAGACUAGCUCGCGUGGAGCCGGAGGAGUCGGAGGAGGAGAUAGAGGAGGGGACAGAGGAGUCUUCCGAGUCACGUGUCUUAGGGACGUCGGACUCGAGUAUUGCUUCUGGCCCUUCUGACGACGAUGGUGACGACGAGCCCGAGAGUUUUGAGUCCGAGGGACCGCGACAGAAGAGGAUCCGACGGGUCUGAGCCUCGGGUUUCGCUUUGCUAGUUUUACCUUGUAUAUAGGCCUGCGUGCCAUCGCAGUUGUAGAUUUUGGGCAUGCGUGCCUCAGUUUU